AUGGACGCUGAUAAACCAACUGGAGCCGUCCACAUUGAGCAUGCGCCUCCCGCCACCUCGCAUCAGAAUCGCACGGCUCCCGGCGAUGUCAAGCUGUUCGAGGACGAUGGCGAUGUGAUUCUCAUUCCAACCCCGACCACUGACCCCCGCGACCCGCUCAACCUCCCGUCAUGGCGUAAGAUCAUGCUCGUCGCCAACGUGUCAGUCUUCGCCGCUACUGCCACCCUCAUGGCUUCCUCUUUUGGUGCCAUCCUCCCUACUGUCCAGCAAAGUUACCCUGGGGACUCACGAACCAAUGACCUGGUAACCUACCCUGCCCUCUUCAUCGGCUUGGGCAACUUCAUCUUCGUUCCGAUUGCCCAUGCCGUUGGCCGCCGCCCCAUCUAUCUCUUCUCACUCAUCCUGCUGGUUGCCGGCUGCAUCUGGUGCGCUUUCAGCAAGAGCUUGACUUCUCACAUUGCCGGCCGUAACAUCAUGAGUCUGGCCGCAGGGCAGGCCGAGGCUCUUUGCCCGAUCAUGGUGCAGGAGGUCUACUACUUGCACGAGAGAGGGUCUAAAAUUGCCUGGUUCUGCGCUGCUCAAGUUCUUGGAACGGCUACGCUCACGGUAGCUAGUUCCUACUUGGCAUCCAAUCUUGGAUGGCGCUGGUGGUAUGGUAUCUUCGCCAUCAUCAACGGAGCAUGCCUAUUGAUGGCCGCUUUUGCUGUGCCAGAAACCCGGUUUCAUCGCUUAAAGGCAUCUCUCAUCAACCCAGAUGACGCCAGUGGGAAGCCAGGAGAUAACGAGCCCCCAGCCGUCACAGCUCGCAAACGCCCCCCAAUCGAUUACGAAAACUACCCCUCCCGGACCUUUUCCUACGAUGUUGCCCUCUUUCACCACAGGCCCCGGUGGCAGGACGCUAUCAAUUGCUGGAAGCAGAUGGUCCAAGUCAUUCUCUUUCCUGAUAUCCUGUGGCUCGUUUUCUGCAGUGGCAUGUUUCUUGGCAUCUUCGUCAUCUUUGGCGCCGUUUUUGCAAGCGUCCUGCUCCAUCCGCCGUACAAUUUCAAGCCGGAGUAUUUAGGAUUCGUCUUUUCUGGGCAGGUGGUCGUGUCCAUGGUAGUCGUUCCUGCUCAAGGCUAUCUGAGCGACUAUGUGGUCAAGCUCUUGAGCAGGCGAAACAGCGGCAUAGCUCGGCCGGAAUACCGACUAGUCCCGCUGGCUCUACCGUUCGUUGUGGGCAUCAUCAGCACCGUCAUCUUCGGCCAAGCCUGCCAAUACCCGUACGAGUGGCCAUGGUCUGCCAUUGUAGUCACGUUCAACGCCGAGUUCUUUGGAUUUGUCGGGAUAGUGGUGGCAUCUUUCACUUAUGCCAUGGACAGCUACCCAGGCCGCACUGAUGCCAUCUUGGUCGUGCUGUGCUUCGCGCGGGGCGUCAUCUCAUUUGGCGUCUCGUACGGAGCAUUGGACUUUGUCCACAAGGUUGGCCACGAUGGUGCUUUCAAUAUUUGCGCCAUUAUUCUUGGUGUUCUUUCCGCAAUUGGGAUUGCCGUGUUCUUCUUUGGAAAACGGAUCCGGCAGUGGACCGAGCCGUGGGCCACGGACAAGCCCAAGUCGGAGCUAACUGCUCAUGUUUAG